AUGGAAGUGAAGUUGUUUAAUAUUACAGAUGAUAAUUUAAGGAGAGGUUUGAAAAUAGAACUUGGUAAGGUACCUGAUAAUAUAUUUAUGAAAGAUCCCACGCCCUACAGUAAUUUAUAUCAAAAAUACAGAUGGAAGCAAAUCGAAAGAAAUUUACAAGUAAAAAAUGCAGAAGUAGUUGAUGUACUAAAUGUGAAUACUAUCAUAAAAACACAUGAACAUAUAAACAACACAACAAACACAAUUCAAUCAAAAGUUUCAAUAUUUGAAACAAUAGAAAACACAAUAUCUUCAUUUUGGUCCGAAGAAGGUUUGCCCGAAGAUGAAAUUUUCUUUGAUAUUGAUUAUAACUUUAACGGACGAGCAGUAUCGUACCAUAAUCGAUGGAGAAAGGAUAAUUUACAAAACGCAUCUCAAUCAUUUGGCGUUUCAAAGGAUGGUUUUAUAAAUAUUCAGUCAGGGCAACGAGUAACGACGAGACUAAAGGGAACCAAAACAAUUCUGCUGAUCAAAAUCAAUUACGUUGCGAGUUUAGUUGGUAACUUGGUAGUAAACUAUGCUCAUGUUUACGGUAAAUACCAUUUUUGGGCCCCAAAUGUCAAUGAUAUAAUGAAAGCAGCCGGCAUCAUUAAUGAAAUAAUUACAACUGAACUGAUAGAAGUGCGGUGCUACAACGAUCCAGUUCUGGAGAUCUUCGAUAGUUCAACAGAAAAACCAAUGCGUAUAGUCACACCGCCAACGCCAUUCCAUGUAAGACCUAAAUCGAGAUAUUCUAAUAAAGUAAAAAAGGCUCACCCAAAGUAA